AUGAAAUCUUCCAAUCUGCUCCAAUUGAGCGUCUUCGGCGCCUUGGGGGCUGCUGUGGCUGUCCAGUCGGGCGCUCCUUCCUGCGUCAAUCCGCCUUCAACCCUCGCGCUGAGCGAUCCGCCCUACAAGAAUUUCUUCUACUCCGACUGCAAUGUCGCUGCUCAGGCGGUCGUCACCAGCCCGCUGCCCGACAGCGACUUGAAGCAGAUC